UUUAAGGAAAGAGGGCGGGUAGGGGAGGUGGGGGGGGGGUCCCUCUCUGUCUGUCUGCGUCUGGCUGGGCUCCGGUGGUGGGUGUGCAUGCAUGUGUUCUGCACCGUACGGGCGGAAAAAGCGCCCAAGAUCUGCGGGGAUCAUUUUUCCCAUCAGUAAAGUGGCGCAGUCGGAGCCGGAGCGCCGGGAGAGCACGGAGGGGGCCGUGGACGGCAGCAGGAUGACUGUCCAGGAAUUCAACACCCUCGUCGCGCUGUACCGGGAGCAGGUCAUAUCCGUCGGGGAGAUCUCCGCCGACUGUCCGUCCCUGCGGGCUCAGAUGCACCACACACGGUCCAAAGGAUGCUCCAUGGCCCGGGCUGCACACCAGGACCUCGCCGUCAUCUCUGUCUCAGGUCCAGAGGACGGAGAGAUCCACCCAGAGAUCUGUCGGCUCUUCAUCCAGCUGCAGUGCUGCCUGGAGAUGUUUAUAACGGAGAUGCUCAAAUCCAUGUGCCUGCUGGGGGUGCUGCAGCUGCACAGAAAAAGAACAGACUCUGAGCCGAAGGUGGACUUCAGGAUGGAUGAAAGCUCGGACAUCCCCAUCCUUGAAGACCGAUCCUCUUCCCCCAUCGACUUUCUACAGGAGCAGUGGCUGGUGGGAACCGAUAUUGAAAAUAUCGAGAGAGAUAUGCGAGAGAUGCGAAACCUACUCAGCAAACUCAGGGAUACGAUGCCAUUGCCACUGAAAAACCAAGAUGACAGCAGCUUGUUGAAUCUGACUCCACACCCACUGGUCAGACAGAGGAAGAGACGCUUCCCCGGUCUCUGCUGCAUGGUGUCCGGCUGAGAGCCUGAAGGCAGCACAGUCCACUCACAAAGGAACGGAUAUUUAUUUUAUCAUAUUUUGUGAUGUAUAUUAGAAAAAAUAUUCACGAAUCCUCUUUCAUUUUAAACUUUAUUUAGUGUUUUCCCGCCUAUUAUCUGAAAUUGUAAUCUUGUCUGAUUCGGUCUCAUUUGUUGAUCGGGCUUGGAUCGAGUUUGGUUGUUUUCAAAUUAUUUAUUAAGACAUUUUUCAAGUUGAUGGUACAUUAUCUACGGGAGCGUAUUGCAUUCACUUGGAAAAAAAACAAAUUCCAUUUUUUCUGAGUAAUUUAUUUUUUGGUUUGUUUUUCUGACUCAUUUUUUUUUCCUGUUUUUCGGAGUAAUUCUUUUCCUGUUUUUCGGAGUAAUUUUUUUUCUAAAUUUUCGAGAUACUUCGAACUCCCGCGAGAACCUCCAACCUGCAAGUGACUCCCAUGGACCUAUGGUGACUCCUGCCCGCACAUACAUACCCCAUCUUCAACUAUCUACCAUACCGGGUCAAUUUUGCUAUUUGUAUAUUGCUAUGUCUAGCAGAUCGGAAUGGGCUUUUCUUCUGAACAACCGCAAAGUCCUCAAGUGCUGCGUAGAGUCGACAAACUAAUGAUAAUACCAUCUAUAUGACUUAAACACAGGACUAUCUCCCAGUGUCUGAAACCCAGAUCAAAGUAAAACUUGAUUGAACUAAACAAGCCAGUUAUGUUUGUUUCUGUUAAAUCAAGCUCUCAAUAAAGGAAUUAAUGCGUCUAUUGUUUCAAAUGCUCUCUAAACUCAGAAAAAAAAAUUGUCCUAAAAACAGAAAGAAAAAGAUUAUUCAGAAAAUCAGAAAAAAAUUACCCCGAAAAACCAACCAUAAAAAUAAAUUACUCUGAAAAACAGGAGAAAAAAACCCCCCAAAAAAAAAAAAAAUCAAUGUCCUGUGGAAAGAGAGAAAUAGUGAAGCAAACAGUAAUGGAUAAAAGAAAAGAAAACAAGGCAAAAAUAUAGAGCUGGCUAGACAGGUCUUAAAUUUGUCCCUUCGGUUCUGCUGGGUCAGACCUUAAAGACACAGGGACGGGCUGGGUUCGUGUUUCAGUUGCAGAGCUCUGUUUUGCUGGCUGGUUCUUUUUAAAGUGAGGCUUAUUGACAUUCUCUUUCUUUUUUUCUUCUGAAUUCCGCAAUUUCCCUCUUUAACUUUCUGUUUUGUGCCAUUUUAUAUAAUGAAAGAGUAUAAAAUGUACAUAUUCAGGCUAUGCACUGGCAUUUUGAGUUUUCAGCUGUCUCACUGUGCUUGUGUCACACCUCCAUGUUUGAAUGUGUCGCAGUGUGAGAUGUUUUAGUCCCAACAACCUCCUGAUGUAUUUCAUCAUUCAGUAGAGACUCUUGCCAGGUGAGUCUCUACCUGGCUGUGUGGUGUGACACCUCGUAGACAAAGCAAUUCAUCUACACUGUUAACGGUGCAUGUACUUAAUUCGCCCUUCCAAAGUCCCGUCCCUUUUGGAACCAAAGUCACAUUCCUCCUUUCCUGUAAUUAGUUAUGCUACGUGCUAGGCAUGUCUGUGUUGAAACCACAACCACAUUUUGAAGAUGGUUACAAGAUACAGUGUAUAGUCACAUCAUAAGAUAACUAAUAUUGGCCAAGCGCUGGCUAACUAGCUAGUUGCUGGCUAAUUAGCUUCCAUUUUGCUAUCAUUAGUUAUCAGAUGUAACUAGCUAGCUACUGAAACAUAGAUUAGCUAGCUGGUUAGCUAGUUUCUUGCUCUGUAGCAAAACACUUGCUAACUAACCACUUAACUGGCCAGCUAAUGAUUGAUGUACAUUAGAAAGCUAGUUAGCUAGCAUUUUGCUAACAUUAGCUAACCUAAGAUGUGACUAUAUACUGUAUAAGUCACCUUUACCAUUAGUUUUAAUCAUCUUCAAAAUGUGGUUGUCUUUUCAACAUAGAUUAGCCUAGCACGUAGCAUAUCUAAGUACAGGAAAGGAAGAAGUUGACCUGUUCUGAACAACGUUUGCUCAACUGUUAUUGGAGCCCAGAGCAAAAAGGGGUGGGACUUAUGAAGGGUCUAUUGGCCCAUAUAAUUACGUAAUUUCUUUUUCUGUACAAAAAAAGUAUUUUGAAUUUAUUCAACAGUGCGUGUGUAAAAGUAAACUUUAUGCCAGAUUAGAAAAGCUGUUACAAAGCUUUGCUAAAACUUGCCUUUUAGACAUCUUAAGCAGAUUGAGGGAGGAUGAUUUGUAAUAAUUUAUGUGACCCAGCAACAAUAAAAGGUAAAAACUAGUGACCAAAACGUUAGUCCAUAGCAGGGAAUCUGGAAAACUAUUGGCUAUAUCUGGUAUAUACUAUACAGUGUUUGCAUGAAAUUUGUAGGGAUAGUCAUAGUCCCCAGAGGAUGAACGCUUAUAACUUCACUCACAUUAGCAUAAUCAUCAGCCAUAAACUACCAUUUGUACCCAGAAAAUACCAAAACAUUAAUAUGAAAUGUAUCUAAAAAUAUUUCUCUGUGUGUCCGCAGGGUCUUAAAAAGUCUUAAAGCUGCAGUAGGUAACUUUUAUAUAAAUUACUUUUUGUCAAAUGCUAUUAGAAGAUGAUUUUUUUCUUUUUUACAAAUUAUAUGUGAUAAUGUCAAAAUAGAGUAAAAGCUUCAGCUAAUAUGACAAAAAGUAAAUUUUAUAAAAGCUACAGCUUUAAAAAUCAUUCCAACUGGUCUUAAGUUAAUAUUAUAAAGUUUCAUUUUUCAGUCUAUAUUUUAAAUGUGUUUCGGGGAAUUUUUUUUAAUAGUUUUGCUCUCACAGCUACAACAUGAAAAUGAAAUAAAACCAAUACCAGUUUUUCUUAACAUCUUUCAUACCUUUUUUAAGUCAGUGUGGACAUAAAAUAGGUCCUUAAAUUGCAUUUAUAAAGUCCAAGUUGGAACCUGCAGAAACCCUGUUCCCUGUGACUUUAUUAGUAUAAUAAGAAGAUUUAUUUUCCUGUAAAAUUCCUGAUAUUACGGUUGCUCUAAUGCUCCUUUAUAAAGGAUAGCUACUUCAUCAGUGUUGUUAAUUUCCCCGACACUUUAAUAUUUUCAGUUGUAAUGACCAUUUCAGGCUCUAGGGUAAACUAGCAGGGCUUUUAGUCUUGUUUUGUAUGAAUGUGCAGCGUGUCAUUAGCAGUCUUCCCUGAAAAAUAUUUUGUUUUACUUUCAGCUUCAGUUUCCCAUCACAAGGGCUUUGCAGAUGCUCCGCAUAUGGAAACAGAGGAAUUGAAAAACCCACACAAAUUAAAAACUCAAAUUGAAAUCCACUCAUAAAGUCUUAAUCUGAAGAAUUCUACUACAGCCAUUUUCCCAUCGACAUGUCAGUGCAAUGUAAUGUGUAAAUUUGUGUUUGUGAACUUUUUUUUAAUUAUUUAAUGUAAUCUAAAGUGUUGAUGUCUAAAUUGCAAAAUUCUUUGUUUUGGCAUGUAUAUGACUAAGAGUAGGCCAUGUGUAGUUAGUGUGUCCUGCAAUGUAGAGAACCCACAGCUAAACCAAUGUACAGCUUAGGACAUUUUAUAACGUGAAUAAAGUUUUGUAUACAAAUAA